UUGUAUCUACAUCUUCUUCUAAUAGUAGAAGAUCAACGAGAUCCACAAGAAGCACGAUUAACUACAGUGCAUCUAGAAAAUCAAAUAAAAAUAAACUAAAACCUAUAAAAUAUUGUAAAAGAACUCACGGUAUUUACGGUUGUUUUGCAAAAAGUGCCAAACAUUCAAUCGACUAUCUCGAAUGUGGAAAAAUAGGUGACCAAAUAUGUAAACAUUGCAAGGCACUUUUGUUUAAAGAUGAAACUAGCGCCAUAUGUUGUAAUCACGGUAUUAUUAUGUUACCUGCAAUUUCACCGGUUCCCGAAGAUAUUCAAAAGUUAAUCGAUGAUCCCGUACAUGGAAAACAUUUUCGACAGUACUUCCGAAUUUAUAACAUGCUAUUAAGUUUUGGUAGUAUAGAAGCGGGCCGAAAAAAGGCACCCGGACAAGGUCCACCGGUUAUGCUAAUUAAUGGCGAAAUUAAACGAAACAUAAGUCCCCUGUUUGCACCCGACGGAAAAACGCCAGUACACGGUCAAUUGUACAUGCUUGAUCCGAUGAUGAUGCAAGAUUCGGUAGCUCAAAAUCCGCUGUCUACAAAAUUCGGCAUUAAACGGGAAAUAUUACAAAAAUUGUUCACUAUAUUACAAAAACACCAUCCGCUUUGCGAAGCGUUUAAUAUAAUGCACCAACUCUAUAUGGAAACAUCGGCCGAUGUGCAAAGACAAGGGUUUGAUGAAGUACAACAUGUCACAUUAGUCUUGGUAAAUCCGAGACAAGUUCCUGACGCAAUAAUUGAUCCCGGUUUACAUCCACGUGCAGUUAAUUUACCACAAGUAAAAGAAUUGUGCGCUUUUUAUGUUAGUAACGAAAACGACGAACCGGUAUAUCGCUAUGGUACUUGGUUAAAAAAGAAAAAUGGGCAAGUAAUAUGUUUUCCACUUUAUGAUCGACUAAACGAUUGCCUGCAUUACGUUUUAAACUUGGCGAACGGUGAUUUUGGAUAUUAUCCAGGUAUAGAAAAAGUUAAAAAACGGAAUACGCCAAAUCAACGUACAAUUACUUCAGCUGAACAAAAUGAUCUCGGUUGUUCACCAAACGCCGUUUACGAGGAAGAAAUAGAUGAAGUCGAGCACAAAAACCACGUAUCCGUAAGAGAUUUUUAUAGAUUUCACUUAGCAAUUCGUGGUGAUAAUAAAGGAGCUACGCACUUUUUAUAUCCCUUCGGUAGUAUCACACAAGAAUAUAUUAUCGAUCAGAGCAUCAAAGCCGAUCAGCAAGUGCACGAAUUUAUUAAGAAAAAUUACGAUACAUUUUGUACCACUGCUCCCGAGGUACGCAUGGCAUUGGAUAGAGAUUUACAAAAAUUAUGCGAAGGAAAAAAAUUAGGAAAAGUUUUACGAUUAUCUCCUAGAAUGGUAGGUUCUCCUGCGUGGUAUCAACAACACUUUCACGAUGCCACGGCUCUGUUUAACCGCAUUGGUCGUCCGACCUUUAUGAUUGCCACCACGUGCAACCCCUCGUGGAACGAAGUAAAAGAACAUUUAUUAAAAAAUCAAUAUAUUACAGAUCGCCCUGAUAUUAUAUGUAGAGUCUUUCUAGUAAAAAUUGAGAAAAUGCGAAAGCUUAUCGAAAAAGGUCAUAUAUUUGGUAAAGUUAAAGCAUUUAUCGAAAGUUUAGAAUUUCAAAAGAGAGGCGGACCCCACACUCAUCGCUUAAUUAGCUUAGAUUGUCCAAAUUCUCCCGAGUACGUAGAUGAAUACGUAUCCGCAGAAAUACCUAAAUUACCCGACGCAAACGAUAAAAGUGACGAAGCAGAAAUGAGUAGAAAAUUACGAGAGCUAGUGAUAAAGUUUCAAAUUCACAAUUGUAAUACUAUUUGUCUUAACGAUAGUGGUAAAUGUUCGAAAGGUUUUCCAAAAAAAUUUUCAAAUUCCACUAUAACGUACGAAGAUAGACCCGCAAUAUACAAGCGAAGAUCGCCUGAAAACGGAGGAGAAACUUACAAAACACCUGGCGGAAAUAUAAUUACGAAUGCCUCUGUUGUUCCUUAGAAUCCUGCUUAUCUUUUGGCAUGGCAUGCGCACAAUAACAUCGAGUUUUGUUACGGAACUCAAAGUUGUAAAUAUGCAAUUAAAUAUAAUUUUAAAAUGGGUAAUUACGCUUAUGUUCGAAUUGCCCAAACAAAUAGUGAUAUUGUCGACUACGACGAAUCCGUAGGACUAAUGAAAGGUUAUUAUCGUUCGGCUCCGGAAGCGUACGUUAGAUUAAACAAGUGGAGAAUAAUUAGAUCAUCCCACACAGUAUAUCGACUUAACAUUCAUAUGCCCGGAGAAGGACCAUUAUAUUAUAGACGUGGUAACGAAGAAAUAAUUGCCGCACAAGUCUUGGACAAUAAUACCAAACUGUACCAAUUGGAAAUGUUUUUCUUGCAAUGUUUAGAAGAAUCUCAACAUGAAAUAAACGAAAUGCGAAACUUAACGUUUCGUCAAUUACCGGAAACUUAUUGGUUUAACAAAAAAACGAAUCGUUGGACAAAACGAAAAAGAAUGGUAAACGUAAUAGGUCGUUUAUAUCCGGUUCCACCCAAUCAAACAGA